AUGCGUCAGAAGCGUGCCAAGUCCUAUCGCCGUUUGGUGCACCAGUAUGUGAUGCACUUUGGCUUUCGCGAGCCAUUCCAGGUGCUGAUCGACAAUACCUUUGCCGAGUCGCUCGUGCGAUACAAGGUCGAGGACCCGAUGCGCCAGAUCCAAAAUGCGCUCCACGCGGCCAAGGUGAAGCCGAUGAUUACGCAGUGCUGCAUGGUGGCGCUCUACAAUGCCGAAAAAGAGGCCCAGCCUGAGGACAAAGGGCGGGCGAAGCAGACCGUCUCGCUCGCAAAGGAGUGGGAGCGCCGCAAGUGCAACCACAAGGACGCGCUCGAGCCGGGAACGUGCCUGGAAGAGGUGAUCGGCCCUGCAAACAAGCACCGGUACGUGCUCGCAGCCGACGACCCGAUUGUGCGCCGCAUGCGCCGCCGCGUCGUCCCGGGCCUGCCCAUCCUGCAUUAUACACAGAGCGUGCUGGUGCUCGAGCCGAUGAGUUCGUUGACCGAGCGGCACAUUGCGCACAUGGAGUCGGACAAGUCGGCGAUCUCGCCCGCCGAGCGCCGUCUUCUGGAAAAGGCGGGCGAAGAGGAGGAAGGCGAGCAGGAAGCGGCAGAAGAGGCGCCCAAGCCGGUCAAGCGCAAGCGGGCCAAGGAGCCGAAUCCGCUCAGCAAGAAAAAGCCCAAGGCGCGCGAGCCGCAAGCUGCGCCUGCGCCGCCGCCGUCCUCUGAGCCCACCGCACAGCAAACAUCACGGCGGCGCAAGAAGCGCGGGCGUGGUGCGGGGCACGACUAG